AUGCCCCCCCGAGUGCGCGUCCCGUCGGUGCCGCUGGCUGGCCUCGAUGCCGCCAGCUCGCUCUCCAAGACAGCACCGUUUGCCCAAGCGUUUUCGACAACGCCAUGCCGCGAAAAGAUGAGCAAGAGCCGCCAGCGCAUGUACGAGUGGCUCAAGUCUCAGAGCGGCUCCAGCCUGGCCGAGGCACCCAACUCUCCCAACUACUUGGGUCCGUUCCAAGACCAGCCCUUUCCGCUCAACCCGUUGUUCCGCAGCCAGCCUGUCCUGGACAAUUCGACACGAGACCUCAUCUGGGAAAAGGUGACUGUUCGCGGAGACUCGAUCAAGGCUGUUUCGGCCGAGAUGGGUGUCGACGUGAGAAGAGUCGCGGCCGUCGUACGGUUGAAGGAGGUGGAAAAGCAGUGGGUAAUGGAUGGCAAGAAACUCGCUACCCCUUAUGCCAAGGCCGUGAUGAAGAUGUUGCCCAAGACUUCUUACCGCGAGGGCGAGGUGAAUGAGCCUCACGAGCCUGUCAACGAGGUGCAGGUACACAACCUAACGAUGCAACAACUGUUCGUCCCAGUGUCGGAAUCCCGACAUUUUACACGAGAAGACGCUGCUACUGCAUUCCACGACAAGGUGCUGUCGGCUGAUGUGCGGUCGCCCCAACCGCAGCUCAUCACCAUGGAGCGGGAUAUUCUCCAGGGCAGCUCCCCUGCGGAGAGCCUGCAGAAGUUCAAAGAGGCUACUCAGGAAGAAGAAGAAGCGGUGGCCGAGAAGCUCGAAAAGCAACGGCUUUGGGAGCGGAGGCAGACAAGGAGAGUGUUCAAGAAGGGACAGACCCGAGUUCAGUUCCGGUUCAAGGCGAUCAAUGUCGAUGACGCGGGCCGGGACGGACGGUCAAGGAAUGGCACUGGCUGGCGGUAUGGUGCGCCGUUUGAGGAUCGCAAGCGUGGAUUGGUCAAGAUUCCCACUUCGGUUCCUUGA